UUUGUCUCUUUAGAAUCUCGUCCUCUAUCUACAACUCUACCUGGACCUCCGUCUCUCCCUCUCCUUGGCAACAUGUUGGAGCUCAUGCAAGACCACCUGCCUAGUCACCUGACAACUUUGGCCCGUCGCUAUGGGAACAUCUAUCGUCUUAAAUUUGGCAACAGCACCAUGGUGGUCCUAAGUGGAAGUGACGUCAUCAGAGAAGCCCUGGUAAAGAAAUGGUCUGACUUUGCAGGGAGACCACACUCGUUUACAGGUGACAUUGUCUCCGGAGGAGGCCGCUCCAUCUCCCUGGGCGACUACAGUGACGAGUGGAAGAUGCAUCGCCGUCUGGUCCAUAGUGCAUUGCAGCGGUGCACAGCUGAAUCUCUUCACUCUGUCAUUCAGCAGCAAGCGCUCAAACUUAGACAAGUGCUACUAGAAUAUAAUGAAACACCAAUUGACCUCUCUGAGGAUUUCACCGUUGCUGCCAGUAAUGUUAUCACUACUCUUGCCUUUGGAAAACAGUAUGACAAGACUUCACCGCAGCUGCAGCGCCUCCACGGCUGUCUGAAUGAGAUUGUGGCGCUGUGGGGCUCCUCUUGGAUCUCAGCCCUGGAUUCCUUCCCUAUCCUUCGAAAACUGCCAAAUCCUCCUUUCUCUCGACUCUUGAAAGAAGUGUCAAGGAGAGAUGACAUCAUUAAGACACACUUGGAGGAACUGAAGGUUGCAACACAGAAAGAUGAAUAAGGGGCUGCCCUUACAGCUCUUCUGAGGUGCCUGGACAAGCCUGAGGGAGAGUCACAGGGGUCGACAUUGACGGCCACUCAUGUGCACAUGGCCACAGUGGAUCUGUUAAUCGGUGGGACCGAGACCACAGCAGCCUGGCUAAGCUGGACUGUGGCCUUCCUCCUCCACAGACCAGAGAUCCAGCACAGAGUUCAUGAGGAGAUGUGUUCGGUGCUGGAGGCCCGUUACCCAGAGUACAAAGACAGGCACCGGCUGCCUCACCUAUCUGCUCUGAUCAGCGAGGUCCUUAGGCUGAGACCUGUAGCACCACUGGCUGUGCCUCACCGAGCCAUCAGGGAUAGUAGCAUUGCAGGAUACUUCAUACCAAAAGACACAGUGAUAAUUCCCAACCUUUUUGGAGCCCACCAUGAUCCUACAGUAUGGAGAGACCCUUACAGCUUCAAACCAGAGCGCUUUUCAGAGGCUGGUGGUGCAGCAUCCCUUCGCUCACUUCUGCCAUUCAGUGGCGGAGCUCGCUUGUGUCUGGGGGAGUCUGUGGCUAAGAUGGAGAUCUUCUUGUUUACAGCUUACCUGCUGCGAGAUUUUGAGCUCAUUCAUCCGGGAGAUAAGGAGUGUCUGCCUGACCUAAAAGGAGUGGCCAGUGUGGUGCUAAAAGCCAAGCCAUUUAAAGUUAUUGCGCGCCCUCGGGCGUAGGGUCCACUUUUUCAAUAAAAAAAAAAUGUAAAGGUCACUUUAUCCUGGUGUUAUGGCAAUACUACAUAAUUGUUUUGGGGUGGUAGAUGGAUUGAACGUUACAUUAAGCAUUUUACAUCUUGGACACACGUGCUCCAUAAAUUCAUAUGCUGCUGGAUGACAUAUGUCUGUGCAUGACUGCACUGAACAGAAAAUGGUUUAAAAUAAAUUCUGAUAAUAAAAACUUAUAAUUGUAUAAUUGUUUUACAUGAA